UAUAUAUUUAUUUGUUUAUUUAUUUACAGUCACCGGCGACUUUUCAUUUAUGAAGAGGACGGAAGCUGUCAAAGUAAAAGCCAUGGCACCCCCAAGGCAGAGGAAAGCCGCGUUUGACGACCUUGUAGAAGCCAUCCUCCACGAACGACUCUUCCAAAUUCUGCACACAAACACAAAUCUCACUAUCCAACAAAACACCCACCUGAACUCCUACGCAUCCGCAUAUAUUUCCAGCUCAUCUAUCGACUUUUUCCUCCAUUUCUUCCGUCCAUCAAGUCCAGAAUCUAUAAUUCUCUCUGUGCGGCCUUUUGAUCUGUGAUUUUGGGUGUGUUGUUAGAAAGGCUUGAUCUUUGGGUUUAAGACAAGAUUUGUGGGUUUUGGUUUGGUCUGCUGUGUGAUCCAUGGCGGACUUAGUGAAGCAAAUGUUGACGAAGCCGAUCCAAUGCGCGGACCAGGUGGUGAAAGCUGCGGAUGAGUCCUCCAGCUCGUUUAAGCAGGAGUGUGCGGAAAUCAAAUCCAAGACAGAGAAGCUGGCGUCACUGCUUCGACAGGCGGCUCGUGCCAGCUCCGAGCUAUACGAGCGGCCCACGCGCCGGAUCAUCGACGACACCGAACAGGUUCUCGACAAGGCCCUCUCGCUUGUCCUAAAGUGCCGGGCCAAUGGCCUUAUGAAGCGUGUAUUCACUAUAAUCCCGGCUGCGGCGUUUCGCAAGAUGUCAUCUCAGUUGGAGAAUUCGAUUGGCGAUGUUUCGUGGCUCUUGCGAGUAUCGGCCCCCGCCGAGGAUCGCGACGACGAGUACUUGGGUAUGCCUCCUAUUGCUCAAAAUGAGCCAAUUUUGUGUCUAAUUUGGGAACACGUUGCCAUACUUCAUACAGGGUCACUUGAUGCGCGAUCUGACGCUGCAGCUUCUCUGAUUUCGCUCGCGAGGGACGGUGAUCGAAACGGAAAGUUGAUUAUUGAAGAAGGAGGGGUUCAACCACUUUUGAAAUUGGUGAAAGAAGGGAGACCGGAAGGUCAAGAGAACGCUGCGAGGGCAAUUGGAUUUCUGGGUCGUGAUCCGGAAAGCGUCGAACACAUGGUACAUGCUGGUGUUUGUUCAGUGUUUGCGAAAAUACUUAAAGAAGGUCCUAUGAAGGUUCAGGCAGUUGUAGCCUGGGCUGUCUCUGAGCUCGUCGCUAAUUAUCCUAAAUGUCAAGAUCUUUUUGCUCAGAACAACAUAAUUCGGUUGUUAGUUGGUCAUCUUGCGUUCGAGACUGUUCAGGAGCAUAGCAAGUACAACGUUGUCAAGGCUACCUCCAUCCAUCAUGCUGUGGUAAUGGCAAGUACUAAUUCCAAUUCCAAUUCCGUUUCCGAUGCUGAUGGUAAUGGCAAUGCUAAUACUGCCAAAAAAAGGGUCGUCCAUGAUGAUUGGAACCAUAGGAUUUCCCAUCCUAAUGUGAAACAGACAAAGCCUCUGAUGCACGAUGUGGUCAAACGUACUAUGGCAAUGAUGGCUGUGCCUAAGCCACCAGUGCAACAAGGCAAUGGUACGACCCAAAACAAGAAUAUCAAGAACAAUGGUGCGGACAACGUGAAGCAAAAUCAUCAGCCAAGCCAUUCACUUUCUGGGCAUAGUCUUAAAGGGAGGGAAUCAGAUCCUACUAUCAAGGCCUACAUGAAAGCUAUGGCAGCAAGGGCACUUUGGCAACUCGCCAAACGAAACUCGCCUAUUUGUCGCAGCAUCACUGAAUCAAGAGCACUCUUGUGCUUUGCAGUUUUAUUAGAAAGAGGGUCUGAAGAUGUCCAAUACAAUUCUGCAAUGGCAUUGAUGGAGAUCACAGCGGUGGCAGAGCAUGAUGCUGAUUUGAGAAGAGCUGCAUUCAAGCCCAAUGCUCCUGCUUGCAAAGCUGUUGUUGAUCAAUUGCUGAGAAUCAUCGCCAAUGCUGAUUCCGACCUUCUAAUCCCUUGCAUGAAGGCUAUUGGGAAUUUAGCUCGAACAUUUCGGGCCACCGAGACAAGGAUGAUUUCGCCAUUUGUUAGUCUUCUCGAUGAGCGGGAAGCUGAGGUUACGAGGGAGGCUUGCAUUUCACUCACCAAAUUUGCCUGCACAGAUAACUAUCUCCACCUUGACCACUCCAAGGCAAUUAUAAGUGCUGGAGGAGCAAAGCAUUUGAUCCAACUGGUCUACUUCGGAGAACAAAUUCUUCAAGUUUCAUCAUUGAUUCUCCUAGGCUACAUUGCGUUACAUGUCCCGGAUAGCGAAGAGCUCGCGCAAGCUGAAGCGCUUGCAGUACUAGAAUGGGCAUCAAAGCAAUCCUUCCUGACACAGAAUGAAACUGUGGAGUCAUUGCUAGAAGAGGCCAAAAGUAGGUUGGAGCUUUACCAGUCUAGAGGUUCAAGGGGAUUCCGUUGAUCCCAACCAAAUGUGUCAAUUUAGUGUGUUUUGCAAACAAAAAAGAUGAAAACUUUACAAAUCUUCUUCUUUUUUUGUGUAUUUAAUUUAUCAUUAACAAAUUGUGUAUAUAACAUUAGUACUAUCAUGUUCAAAUGCCAUUUCCAGUAUGUUUUUCUCC